AUGACUUCACCAUCGAAACUCAAGCAUGCCUACACCGUGUCCGAGGAAGACGAAGAAGAGGAGGACCUCGUCGUGGUAUCAACCCCGUCGAAGAAGAGCACAGUAGAGCCGUCUUUCCGACGAGCCCAAACCGAACCACCCCCGUCACCGACAACACACCGCUUGCAACCUUCACCGUCGAAGUAUGACAGUAAUGGCGGGCUCCCUUUCUCGCUGCCCACCACCAACACGACAAGAGACCCCCGAAGACUGGUCUCGAAUGGCGUCCUAUCCCAGAAUGACAGCCUGUCCAAACUGCCGCCUCAACUCCUCCACAACAUGCGAGAAGCAUUCUCCGUGCUGGACGCCAACUCUACCGGCUCUAUCGAUGCCGAGUCCGUCGCCGAGACGCUUCAAUCCCUGGGUCUGCACGAGAGCAACCUAUCGCAAUUCUUCCCAGCGGGCCAACCUCAGCAAGUGUCCCUCCCACAAUACCUCAGUCAGCUGGCCAACCUGCUGGUUGGGUUAUCCCCACAGCAGGAGCUGCUGAAUGCCUUUUCCGCCUUCGAUGACGACGACAGCGGCCAGAUAGAUGUGGCGGAAUUGCGCACUGCGUUGCUGAGCACAGCUCCCGACCCGGGCGAGCGACCCUUGACGCAGAAGGACAUCGACCGAGCCAUGGAGGGUUUCACCGGCCGAAGGAUCCUCGGCAAGAAUGUCAUUGGAAUAGCCGGCGUGCGAGGUUUGAACACUCCGGCACCGAAGAAGGGUGGCGAUGUGUUUCGAUAUCACGAAUUUGUGGCCAACUUGACCGGCGGUCCUGCCACUGACUCUUCUGCACAAGCACCAGGUAUACCAACGCGAUAA